AUGUUUAUCGCCGAAGAAAGAGGUUCUGCGUACUCGCCCGACUUCAGGGUAUACUUUAAGGAUGAAAGUGGACCAAUUUCUCCUCUACACGACAUCCCGCUGUGGGCUGAUGCGAGUAAGCGCCUCGCGAACAUGGUCGUAGAGGUGCCCCGUUGGAGCAAUGCUAAAAUGGAAAUCAGUCUAAGCGAACCGCUCAACCCGAUACGCCAGGACGUGAAGAAGGGCGCGCUGCGUUUCGUGUCCAAUGUGUUCCCACACCAUGGCUACAUCUGGAACUACGGCGCGCUACCCCAGACGUGGGAGAAUCCGCACCACGUGGACCCUGGGACGCAGGCGCGCGGCGACAAUGACCCCAUCGACGUGAUCGAGAUCGGCGAGCGCGUCGCGGCGCGGGGCGACGUCGUCCCCGUCAAGAUCCUCGGCACGCUCGCGCUCAUCGACGAGGGCGAGACCGACUGGAAGCUGAUCGCGGUGGACGCGCGCGACCCCAACGCCGACCGACUGGAAGACGUGGCUGACGUGGAGCGCGUGUUCCCUGGCCUGCUGCGCGCAACCGUCGAGUGGUUCCGCCUGUACAAAGUACCCGACGGCAAGCCCGUUAAUAAAUUCGCUUUUGACGCCGAGCCCAAGGACGCCGCCUUCGCGCACAAGGUAAUCGACGAGACGCAUGAGUUCUGGCGCGGCCUCGUGUCGGGCGCCGUGAGCGGAGCGGACGACAUCAGCAAGACCAACGUCACCGUCGAGGGAAGCCCGCACCGCGUCGAGCGCUCGAGCGCCGCAGCCACGAUCGCCGCCGCGCCUCCCGCUUCGCUGCCCGCGCCCAUCCCCCCGCAAGUGGACAAGUGGCACUACGAGCGGUCGGGGGCGAGCGAGCACCCUGCGCGGCCUGCGGCGCGACGGCGCGAGGUGGAGGGCGGCGGGGCCAGUGCCGCACUGGAGAGGUCGCAACGCGGACGCACAUCGCCUGAAGGUCUGCCGUUUCCGUCGCGAAGGGGCGAAGCCUCCACAGCGGACGUGAUGCUCGAGACGCGGAUCGCCUCGCUGGCGGUGUUCGCCGCGCUGCUGGCCGCCGGCGCCGCGCGCCCCGACCACGACUUCGAAUUCGACGAUGCCCCGGAUGUCGUUUCGUCUCGUCGUCCACGGAGAUACGUCUAUGACCCUCAAAACGAGCUGUGCCGUGCAUUGGUAUGCAAGAAGCGAGAAGUGUGUUUCCUUCGAGAUUCGUACACCGCACUUUGCGCUUCCAAGAAGGAUAUUCUGCGUAGAGGAGACACGAUAGUCUCGGGCGCCACUGCGACGCGGAACGAGGAAGACGAGGACGUGUUUUACGAGUCCCGCGAUCGAGCAGCCCCGUCACCUUCGGGGCCCGAGGUCGGUCGAUGUGUGGGCUGCUCGAGCGCGUCGCGCAGCUCCUUCCUCUGCGGCUCCGACAACCGCACCUACUCGUCGCUCUGUCGCCUCGACUUGCACAACUGCGUGCACGGGCCGCGUCCCCCCGUGCGCCUCGCCUGCGCCGGAUUCUGUCCCUGUCCACGGCGCCGCCCUUCGGACAACGAGUCUCUUCCCCCGCUGCGACCGCCGCGGCCUCAUCGGACCAAACCGCGAUACGAAGAGGAGCGUCGUCGCAGGCGCUUGGAAGUGCGUAACAACGAGGUCCUGCCGGAGCGAUGCGCGCUCGACAAGAUGGCCGACCGUCUCCUCGACUGGUUCUCAGUCCUCAUGGAGCAGGCCGGCGCGCGCCCGCCGUCCUCUCACGGUUACGGCGCCGAGUGUAAACCGGAGGUGAGGUGGAUGUUCGAGCAUCUAGACGUCGCCGGCGACGGUCUCCUACAACCUUCGGAUUUGUACGCACUCAGUCACGACGAGCGCGAGAGGUGCCUGCGGCCGUUCUUAGCAUCGUGCGGCGCGGGCGCGGGCGCCGGGGUGAGCCGCGCCGCGUGGUGCGCUUGCCUCGGCGGAGCGUCGAGGCCCUGCGAGGCGUUGGCGAGAGCUGCGCGCAGCCGCGGCAGAGGCCGCGGGCGCGGCGCUUAUGUGCCAGCGUGCGACUCGCGGGGCUUCUAUAGGCCACGCCAGUGUCACGCCGCGCUCGCAGUGUGCUGGUGCGUCGACGCGCACGGACAGGAGUUGCCGGGUUCGCGAACCAAAGGCGCGCCGCACUGUCCCGGCGAGAGCAAUGCGGAGGACGAGGCCGGAGUGCCUACGGACGACGAGGACGCAGAGAGCGAAGCCGACGCGGGCGGCAGUGGCGAUCGCGAGCCCGACCUACGUUUCUGA